UCAUCGAAGUCAACGUACAGUAGGACAGUCCACACAAGCGGCAUCAACAACAGCAGCAGCAGCAGCCGUCACCAUUCGCCACUAAGUGGCGGUGACGUCCCCGCGGCGUUGGUGCCAGGCUAGGUGCACUCUUAGGCCACGCGAAGUGUCGAAGGCUCGCUGACAGGAGGUCACGGGGCAGAACCCUGCAGGUGCCAUGGGGUUGACCGACUCGAGAUGGCUGCAGACGCCACCAGCUGUGCCAACUCGCCGCGUUUUAGCCGCCCGCCUCUCCGCUCGUUGUUGUGAGCGUCCCUCACGAGCCUCCUCCUCCACAGAGGCCGAUCUUGACACCGCCGGUACCGCUCAUCGGCAAGUCCACUCAGCUCCACAUCCUCCAACCAGCCUUGAUCCCAGCCCUGCAACAACCGUGACCUCAACACAGACUCCACGCCUAUCUUCUUGCACGAUACCCAUAAAGAGGAGAUUCUACAUCAGAAUGGCGUGCGCGAUGGCAACCCCAGUGCUUGAGCCUAGCAGGGACUUCCCGGCGUGGCUGGAGGCGCAGGGCGUGAACGAGGAGGUGGCCCGGGCCAUGGACUCUGAGCUGGGCAUCCGGGACUACGGGGUCCUGCGCGCCUGCAUCGGGGACGGCCUCGUGCGUGCCGAGCUGCUUUCCACGGCGCGCGACCGCCUGCCCUUCGGCUUCUACGCCGUGCUGCGGCAGGUGGUGAAGGCCCUGCAGGGUGCCGAGCUCCACAACGCUGGGACGUCACCCUGGGACGCUGCGCCAUCUCCGGGCGACGUGACGCUGGGAGGCCUGGUGGACGUGCUGCUCACACUUUUCAGCGGCUUGAGCCGAGAGCUACUGGUUUGCGCACAGAGGCUGGGAGACUUUGAUGGUGCUGGGGCCAGUGCCGGACGCUCCAUUUCGGACAGCAAGGAAAUAAUUUUUGAGGAAAAAGCAAUGGAUGAUGCAGAUGAUCAAGAUGUCGAUGAAAAUGAUGGGCACACCCGGGCCUCAUCAGAGGCAGGAGACUGCAGCCCAAACCCGUCGCUGCACAUGAUCAAAACCGAGGCAAGCUGCGCUGACGGUGAUCAUCAGAGUCCCACGUCGGACCAGAGAGACUCCAGCCCCAGCCAGACGCCGCCCAGGAUAGAAAGAGACGCGUGCGGAGGUAAUGUGGGCUUUGUCAUCCAACAAGUGACCUCGCUUCAGGAGAUGGGACUGGACCUAACGAAUGCAACCAAUGUUGACUCCUAUCCCUGGCUUCAACAGCAGCAGCAGCAACAACAGCAGCAGCUGCCGGUCGACAAAAUACAAAUUGACACUGGCUGCACGGUCCCGCCCAUGUGUGCCGCUUACCUGCCCAAGCCGCUCACUGAAGAUCACAUUGACAGGCAGGAUGAGGCACCGUCCAGGAGCGACACUCUGCCUCCUGCCGCCGCCGCCGCGUACCGCGUGCCGAACUUUAAGCUGGUGCGGCGGCGGCGCAUGCUGCCGGUUCCCGUGCCGGCGAUUGCGGGCGGUGAAGACAACAAGCCGUUCCGGUGCAGCGUGUGCGCCCAGCGCUUCUCGCAGCGCGGCAACCUCGAGACGCACCUGCGCACGCACACGGGCGAGCGGCCGUACCGCUGCGCGACGUGCGGACAGGCGUUCUCGCAGAGCGCCCACCUUAAGUCGCACCAGCGCACGCACACGGGCGAGAAGCCGUACCGCUGCAGCAUGUGCGGGCAGAACUUUUCAUACUACUGCAGUCUCAAGCGUCACCAGUACACGCACACGGGCGAGAAGCCCUUCCAGUGCUCGGAGUGCAAUCGUGCAUUCCUCGACCUGAGCAGCCUCAAAAGCCACCUCAACGUCCACCGACGCUACAAGCUCUCGCAGGGGCGGUGGCGGUGAUGCUGGGAUAAUUGCCGCCGAGUCGAGGGUUGGAUAUAACACCGUGUGCGAAGCUCAAGCCGUUAUCUUGGCUCAAGUAAUAACCUUGAACAGAAAGCCUUGACUGAAACAUACAUAGCGAGUGUUUGUGGGAACCGUAAUGCUAAUCCUUCACGAAUCCCCAGGCUCAAAUCUAUCUGGCUUGACCACCUGAAUGUGAAAUUGUAGUUGUUGCUCUGCGAAAGAAGAAGGCAAAACCAAAUCCCUAGCCCCUUUCGUAAUAAAACCUAGUCCUAAUGCAAUACAAUACGAGCCCUAGCUUAGCAAAGACCUUGCCAUAACCAACUUUUUCCUUACCCCGGAAUUAAUCCAAGGAAUCCUUUAAUGCUACCCCUAACCCUGACAAAAUAUUCUAUCUCAAGUUUUAAACUCUAGCCACCUCUCUCCGAGCCACAGGCCACACUGUAAUGUUUCCAAUCAUUAAUUAAUUAAGGCCAGGGUUGACAAACAAGGCAUUGCUGUGAAUACGGCGCCCGACAGGUGACGGAUGAGCUUCACUUUUUGAAAACGCAUGCCGUUACGGUGUCUUCGAUGGACACCUGGUCUCGGUUUCAAAUGACACUUGCGUUUCCCAAUGAGCUCUUACUUGGUGAAACAAAUCUGUUACUGACCAAUGGCAACGAAUGACCACCGAAUGCCACCUCGGCUACAGGAACCGAUGGAUGGAUGACGGAUCGAAGGGAUUCAUGUGUUUUUACGGGAAGACAGACCAGGCAACACACAGCCGUUAUGAUAGAUAAUUGAUGCACCGCAACAAGAGUGACAGGCUCAUCACCAGUGAUGAUUUGUAUCUGGGGCCAAUAAGCCCAUCCUUAUUAACAACAGUUAACCCCCUGAUGUGUCCUUCACUCAUAGGCACUCGCGUUCAAGUUCAAGAGGUCAUCAUGGACAAUGCCAUUUAUGCCAUGCCACACCUCGCUGUCAUUGCUUUCACUUCGGCCGGAUCCUGCA